AGAUGCAUGAAGUAAACACUGGCACAAUGGAAAGACCACUGGAGGCUACCAGGCUGGAAAUUAGCACCUCUUCCUGCUUUUUUAUGGAAAGAAAGACUCAGGUCAAGAUUAACAGAAAAAAGCUCAUGUUAGCCAAGCUAAGGAAGAGCUGUUCUUGCACCCCUGGGAAACUGAAGAAUAUUAUCAUGGGCUUCUUUCCUGUCUUACAGUGGCUUCCCAAAUACCGGUGCAAAGAGUAUAUCUGGGGGGACAUCAUGUCUGGGCUAGUAAUUGGGAUCAUUCUGGUGCCACAAGCAAUUGCAUACUCAUUGCUGGCAGGUCUAAAGCCCAUUUACAGUCUUUACACAUCAUUCUUUGCCAACAUCAUUUAUUUCUUAAUGGGCACGUCCCGUCAUGUCUCAGUUGGCAUUUUCAGCUUGAUAAGCUUAAUGGUAGGACAAGUUGUGGAUCGAGAGCUUCUCUUGGCUGGGUUUGACUUGAAUGAUGAUGCCCUGCCAGGCUUGGGUGAUGGCUCCCUCUGGAAUAACAGCCAACCCAACACAACUGCCUUCAAUCUCACCAUUGGAGGAGCAAGUGUAGAGUGUGGGAAAGAAUGCUACGCUAUCGGCAUUGCUACAGCCUUGACAUUUGUAGCUGGAGUAUAUCAGGUUCUAAUGGGAAUCUUUCGUCUGGGUUUUGUAUCCAUGUACCUGUCUGAGUCUAUGCUAGAUGGCUUUGCAACUGGUGCUUCCUUGACCAUUUUAACAGCCCAAGUGAAGUAUCUGAUUGGAAUAAAAAUCCCGCGUAGCCAAGGGCACGGAAUGCUCGUGAUUACUUGGAUUAACAUUUUCCAGAACAUUUCUCAGGCUAACCUUUGUGAUGUCAUCACAAGUGCCAUUUGUAUUGUGGUGCUGGUCACUGCUAAGGAACUGGGAGAUCGGUAUAAACAUAAAUUGAAAUUUCCCCUGCCCACAGAGCUGGUGGUUAUUGUUGUGGCAACACUGGUAUCACACUAUGGGAACCUGAAUGAACUGUACGCAUCCAGUGUUUCUGGAGCUAUACCAACAGGAUUUAUUCCCCCCAAGGUGCCAUGCUUUGACUUAAUGCUCCGCGUCGCUGUAGAUGCCUUGCCACUUGCCAUAAUAAGCUUUGCAUUCACUGUAUCGCUUUCUGAAAUGUGUGCAAAGAAAUAUGCUUACACCAUUCGAGCCAAUCAAGAAAUGUUUGCUGUGGGGUUCUGCAACAUCAUUCCUUCUUUCUUCCACUCUUUUGCAACCAGUGCAGCUCUGGCAAAAACACUUGUCAAAACAUCUACAGGCUGUCAGACUCAAGUCUCCGGAGUGAUUAGUGCAAUGGUAGUUUUGAUGGUGCUGCUCUUCUUGGCACCUCUCUUCUACUCCUUGCAGAAGUGUGUCCUGGCUUGUAUUAUUAUUGUCAGCCUCCGAGGAGCCCUGAGGAAGUUCCGAGAUGUGCCAGCACGAUAUCAUGUGAACAAGGUGGACACACUGGUUUGGGUCAUUACUAUGUCUGCAUCCGCCUUGGUUAGCACAGAAAUAGGGCUUUUGGUUGGUAUCAUUUUCUCCAUGCUCUGUAUCAUUGUUCGGACACAGCAGCCACGGACAGCCCUGCUUGGUCAGAUCCAGAACACCAACUUUUAUGAGGAUGACUUGGAAUACAAAAACCUCUCUUCUGUUCCAAAGGUCAAAAUAUUUCGUUUUGAAGCACCACUUUACUAUGCAAAUAGAAACUACUUCCUGAAGUCUCUGUACAGGCUGACUGACUUAGAUCCUAACCUAGAAGCUGCAAGAAGGAAGAAAUAUGAGAAGAAGGAACAGCAGCAACUGAAAAAAGAAGAUCAAACUGCUGCUAAUGGACUGGGCAUGGAAGAAACAAUCAUGCAACUAGUACCCAAGCAAAUUGAUUUCCAAGCCAUUGUUGUAGAUUGUUCUUCCAUCUCAUUUCUGGACACUACUGGAGUUAAUACUCUGAAGGAAAUCCUGAAAGACUACAAGGAGCUAAAUGUUUCUGUUCUUCUGGCUUGCUGCAAUCCCUCAGUAAUAGACUCUUUGAAAAGAGGAGGUUACUUUGGGAAGGAUUUUGGAAAUAUGCAGGAAUUGCUGUUCUACAGCAUACACAAUGCAGUGCAGUUUGCAAAAGACCUAAACCUUCCAUCAGACUGCACUGGUGUUUAGUCCAUUGUUUUUCCUGCUACUAGCUACACAAGUGACAGAUGAGAAGGGGCAGUUUGCAAUAAUCAAAAUUAUCAGACACAUAA